AAUAUAAAUAUUUUCUCAGUGUCUUCUCACCAAUUGCCACUGACACGACAAAGCUUUCAAAUCCAACAAUCCUAAAAAAAAAAAGUUUUCAAAUAUUCCAAACACUCCCUUAAUCCAAAACUCUUUACGCGUUUAUCUUCCCCUCACCCCCGCGCCCCUCACCCCCAUCCACCCACACCUCCAUCUCCAUAAACCCUAGCUUCUUUCUCUCUCCGCAUAAUCUUCAUCACUGUAAUGGAUGAAAAAGAUAAGGUUGAUGAUCAAUUACCUAUUGAAUCGAGCUGGUCACAGCUCAAUCCUGAUGAUGAUGCAGAUCAUGCUUACUUCUUCGAAAAUAAUAUUAAUACAAAUAACGAUACCAGUAGUAUACUGAGUGAAUUCGGUUGGAAUUUUCAACCAGUUGAAGAGAACAGUAGUAGUAGAUUUGACAAGAUCGAUGAGCAUUUGGCGGGAAAUAGUAGUAUUACUACUAUGAGUACGUCUCCAGCUUCUGCUACUGCUGCGACUGAACUGACAACGGCGAAAAUUAGUACCGAUGAACCUGUUUCUUCCAGCUGUUCUGAUGAUCCGCCGGAAAAAUCUACUGCUUCCGGUGGCUCCUCCGCCUCUAAACCGCCGUCAGAUACAGUAAGCAAGGUUAAAAAGAAGGGUCAGAAACGAAUCAGGCAGCCUCGAUUUGCAUUUAUGACAAAAAGUGAAGUUGAUCAUCUUGAAGAUGGCUAUAGAUGGAGAAAAUAUGGCCAAAAAGCUGUUAAAAAUAGUCCAUUUCCAAGGAGUUACUAUCGUUGUACAAAUACAAAGUGCACAGUAAAGAAGAGAGUGGAACGAUCCUCUGAAGAUUCCUCAAUUGUAAUCACGACAUAUGAAGGACAGCAUUGUCAUCAUACAGUUGGAUUUCCUAGAGGUGGACUUAUCAAUCAUGAAGCUGCAUUUACAUCUCAAUUAUCACCUUUACCCUCACAAUACUAUCAUCCCUCCGGUGUUCAGUACCCGCAUGAAUUAGUUCCUAUGACUGCGGCUGCACCAGUAGAAUCGCGUACAAUGCCAGGUGAAACUGGAUCAUCAGAAGCUCGUAGAUUGCCAGAAACAAGUCAACCUGCUGCAACUGAUGAGGGAUUGCUUGGAGAUAUUGUACCUCCUGGGAUGCGAAGCAAAUAAUAUUAAGGGUGUAUAUAUAUAAUAUACAUAUAGCAUGGAUGCUAUUCUUGAAUUUAGCUGGCAUCAGUCCUCUAUUAUGAAGUUUUAGCUAUAGCUUUGAAUUUGUAUUUUUGCUGAUUAUGAUAAUAGGAAACAUGACUUAAUUGGAAAAACUUUGGAUAUAUGUAGUAGAUCUAGAUAUUCAAGACUAGCUAUAAUUGUAAAGUUUCUCCCAUAUUGGCAAUAUGGGGUUGUUGUGUAUAGUGGUGAGAUUACUUCACCCUUAAUUAAAGGUCUUGGGGUUGGAGAAAAUUCCGUUGGUUGCAUCACGCCAGAAUGGACCUGAAAAUCCUGUUGGGAACAUCACCCCAGAAUGGACCCUGCACUGCACGAUCCAAAUUAAUCGGGACUCCAAUGCGAAUACCGUACAUUGAGGGGAAAACAACAAAAAGAAAUUAAAAGUUUCCCCCAUUUUCCUCCCCUUUUUUUUUUUUUUUUUUUUUUAACUUUCUGGUGUUGUGAUUGAUUAUUGGGGUUAGAUAGGGGGUGGGGGAGGUAACAUUUGACCUGAUUAAUGAUGUAAUUACAUUGCAAUUAUUGUAUUAAUAGUUACUUAUGCUUAUUUCUAAUGUGGAUUUGUUUGUACAGCCCUAAAAA